CAAACCUGCAAAGAAACAGCUGUACUAAAUGCAGCGUAAUUUUGACCCAUGUUCAAAUAGCUGAGCGGCCCUGAGGGCACGAGGCUUCCGCGCGGGACUGUAAUGCUACACUGUCCUCCCUCUCCGGCCAGUUCAUCCUCAGCAGCGCAGAGCUAUGGACCUGAAACCGUAGUGUUCUUCCAACACAGCAUAUCUGCAGUCACCUGCGACUCUAAUAGGCAAUCAAUAUUGAUAGAUAAAUUGUAAAGGAUUACAGCCAUAAGGCAAGACGUCGCGGGGGGAAGGCUGGAAUUAUGAAGCGCUGUCAAUAUGUCUAAGGCCACUGUUAAAAAGCUGCACUGGCGCUCGAAAGUGCAGGAGAGCUUCGUCCCACUGGGCGGAGCCUCAGGAGAGCUUGGUGUGGCCAUUGGAGGUGGUGCAGAUUAUGGAGAGUUCCCAUUUGUUACAGCAGCACCUGGGGGUGGAGCCACUGUUGGUGACAUCAUCCUAGAGAUCGGCAGUACACCUGUCCUCGGAUUGACCUUGGGAGAUGUGAGAGGGGUUCUGAACUCAUGUCCGCAUCCCAUUCGGAUCAAAACAGUAUUACCAGGCUCAACUCUCUGUAAGGAUCUCAGACUUUACCUGAGCAAGUGUUUUACACCCGGAUCCAUGGACAGCCAACUCCAACAGGUCAUACGAGAGAACCUCUACCUGCGCGCUGUGCCCUGUACGACCAGGCAACCACGGGAUGGAGAGAUCUCAGGGGUGGAUUAUAACUUUGUGUCCAUUGAGGAAUUCUUCUCCCUGGAAGAGUCUGGAGCCCUGCUGGAAAGUGGGAAGUUUAAAGGGAACUAUUAUGGUACACCUCGGCCAGUCCACAUUGGUCCUGACAGCCCCCCCAUUACAUACCAGGAACAUCGAAAUCUCCUGAGGAACUUCCGUACUCGUAGCAAAUCGCUCAGCAAUCUGGAAAAGGCAGUGGAGGAAGGUGAUAACAGCGAGGAAGACUCUGGUCUUUCAGCGGGGUCUGCAGGAGCCAGCAGUGCCCCUCCCACCACCAUAGUCUCACCUAAUCAGACUUGGGACUCAGGCAGUGGGCGGGAUGGAGGGGUUGCCAUGGAGAACGGAGGACGUGGUGGGGCAUUGCCUGAAAACUGGGAGCUGACGUUCAGUGACACGGGUGAACCCUAUUACAUCAACCAUAACUCAAAGAUCACAAGCUGGCUGGAUCCAAGGACUCAGGGCAAAGAGAUUGUCAGCAAGACAGAGUUACCUGCAUUCACAGACCAACCAUCUGAAUUGAAGGGCUAUUCCAUACACACCCGACUGUCGAAAGGGCCUCGUGGGUUUGGCUUUAACAUUGUGGGUGGAAGUAGACCUCGAGAGUUCCUGCAGGUGUACAGCGUCACCCCUGGAGGCCCGUCUGCACUCAAAACAGCGGACAUCCUAGUGUACAUCAAUGACUCUUGUGUGCUGGGUCUGUCCCAUAAAGAAGUGGUAGAAAUGCUGAAAUCCGUCCCUAUGGGUCACAGUGUGGAUGUGGUUCUCCGUCGAGGUUACCCCAUGCUCUAUAACCCUGAUGGCUGCCCCAAAACCAGCCUCUGCUCCCCUUCUGACCCCACCAGCACCAAAUCUGCAGCCCCCAGUUCCGCUCAAACCCAGGUCCAGCAUGGUGAUGGACACCAGCAUGGCUUGGUGAACCUCAACCGCUCCAUGUGCCACCACAACAACUUCUACCCCCGCAUGCAGAAAGAGUCCUUGGAUGCUAAUGGGAACACAGCACCCCUGCCUUCAUACUCAAUGGCCAAUGGAAAUGGAGUGGGAGAGACUUUAGGGUUGGGGGCGGUGCCUUCUUCAAAUGUCCCUCCAUCAGAGCGGAUGAGCUCCAGUCAUAGCGAUACGGAGGUCAGCUCAUUUGUCACACGCAGAGCUUCCCUUGUCCGAAGCUACAACAACAAUUCUCUUCCAGCUCCUUCUCACGCCCAUCAUAGUUCCAAGUCUUCCGAGAGCGAUCUCUCCUCUGCUGUGCUUUCGCUGCCCCAGCCUGAGGUGGGUCCUACCGCCCUGCCAGUAGCACCCAGCACCCAGCGGCCUCCAAUGCCCCAAACAUCUCUUGCUGUUGCACCCCCAAACGAGCACCCACCCUGUGGUUUCAACGGGUGUCCAGCCAACAAUCCCCCGUUACCUCUUCCAGGUGGCCUAGGGUCUCCUGGAGCCCCAGUUGGUAUAGGCUGCGGGGGAGUGGGUGAGCUGGUACCUGUGGCCUUGGGCAGGAGUGAGGGAGGGGGUAUGGGUUUCAGUGUGACGGCUGGGGGGCAGGGAGGGCAACUGGCGGUGGUGAAGAGAGUUUGGGACAGACGACAGUGCCACUCCCUACAGCCAGGGGACGCUAUUAUUAAAAUUAAUGGCGCUGAUGUACAGAGCCUCAGCUUCGCACAGGUGCAGCGAGUGCUGCAAGAACAUACCAAACAGGGUGAGGUGGUCUUACUGGUUUACAGAGGAGGUUCUCUUUGUUCCCCAGGCUCUCCAAAUGCCUAUAAGAGACCUCCUCCAUCCCUGGGCACCCCUGAUCUGACCUCGCCUUCCUCCGAUGGUGCUGUGCCCAGCCAGAACCCCCUCUCUCCCUCCUCGCCAUGCAGUGACCUCCCCAACCUCGUCCAAAGCACCAGCUUCCUGGACUCAGUGCCCGUGACCCUGACCCUAGAGCCCCGGAACUGGAUAGGAGUCGAGGAUGGACCUGCUCAGUGGAGCCGUACUGCUCCCUCUAAUCUCGGCUCAUUAUCCAAAAGCCAUGUAGAAACGAGGGGACCGAUCUCUUCCAGAGCGAUGGAUGUGGAGUUGAGACGGAGACCGGGAGAAGGAUUCGGGUUUGUCAUCGCAUCCCAGGAUGUAAUGAAUGGAACCUCGUCUCUGGUGUCUCACAGGUUUGUGACGGUGCGACGGGGCAGCCCAGCAGCACGCAGUGGUCAGAUCCAGCCGGGGGAUCAGCUGGAGGCCGUGGAGGGCAGAUCAGUGGUCACGCUGCCCCACAGAGACCUCGCACAGAUACUGCGCAGAGCCGCCAACACACUCAGACUCACCAUCAUACCACGCUCUCACACUAACAAUAAUCUGCCUGAGUAUCCUGACUUUGAUGCUGAGAGUCGGUUAAGAAAUGGGCAUCGUGCCAAGCAAAAGGAUUCCCAGUUUUAUAGCGUUGAUCUUGAGAGGGGGACAACAGGGUUUGGUUUUAGCUUGCGAGGUGGAAGCGAGUAUAACAUGGGUCUGUAUGUGCUCGGUCUGAUGGAGGGUGGACCAGCUUCACGCAGUCAGAAAAUACAGGUGAGUGAUCAGCUCGUGGAGAUCAACGGAGACAACACAGCUGGAAUGACACACAGCCAGGCUGUAGAGCAGAUCCGAAAGGGAGGGGCCCGGAUACACCUCGUACUGAAGAAAGGCAAUGGAUACGUUCCAGAUUAUGACCGUGAAGCUGGAGCCGUUUCCCCCUCCUCACUAUUUUCCAAAGAGCCGUGUAUUGCUACAGUGGGUCGCUCUCCUUUGAGGAGCAGCAGAUGGGUGGAUGACGGUGGACGAGAGAGGAGGGGGAAGGAAAGGAGGGAAUCGGGGGGAAGGAGCAGAGGAAGAGGAACAGAGGAAAGCAAGCGGGGCUGGGCGGAGGAUGAUAGUAUGGCUGGUAGCUCCCGGACGGCAGGAAGAAGGAGAGAGCAACAGAUGCGUUCACGUAGUUUACCCGGCACACUGAGGACCCGAGAGGGGCCACGGAGAGAAGAGGAUGAGGACAACACACGGGGGGAAACGAGGACAGAAGAGGAACAACGACGAGGAAGACAAAAAAGUAAUAGCAUUGGAGAGAGAAGAGGAAAAGUGAAGGAUGUUAGUUCAGAGAGAGACAGUGGUCUCCGAACACACCGAAAGAAAGAGAGAGGAAUUGUCAGAAGAGAAAAGAGUGAUCACAACAGAACCAGCACAGUGGAGGUCACACAGCGCACACCUUUCUCCUUCCUCAUGCCUUUGGACAAUGACGAUGAUAGAUCGGGCGUAGAAUCAGCUCACAGCAUCUCUGAAGUCGGUGUGUCUGCAGCCAGCAUCGCAUUCUCGGGGACUCAGUGGCCCCUGGACGCCAUCAGCCAUCAACAGGCUCCUGGGUCUCAGACAACAGCCCCGGGACCCUGGCUAGUGCCCAGCCCUCACAAACUCUCUCAGGUUUUAGAGGGGAAAAGCCUGAGCAAGAAUAAAUUAGGACUGUGGUCCUAA